GCUAACUUUCCCGAGUAGGCUGAUCCACCCGCUCCUGGCCGAGCAAAGUGGCCCAGGCUCUGGGAGCCGGACCAGGACGCGUCCGAAGUAGAGAAUGAGGCUCGGCCUCCUCGCCCUGCUGUGCGCAGGGGCCCUGGGACCAUGUCUGGCUGUUCCUGAGAAGACUGUAAGAUGGUGUGCCGUGUCAGAUCAUGAGGCCAAGAAGUGCUCCAGUUUCCGUGACAACAUGAAAACAGUCCUUCCUGCAGAUGGUCCCCUUGUCACCUGUGUGAAGAAAACGUCUUACCCUGAGUGCAUCAAAGCCAUCUCAGUAAAUAAAGCAGAUGCUGUGACUGUUGAUGGAGGCUUGGUGUUUGAGGCCAGCCUGGCCCCAUACAACCUGAAACCCAUCGUGGCAGAAUUCUAUGGGUCAAAAGAUGAUCCACAAAUGCACCAUUAUGUCCUGGCCGUGGUGAAGAAGGGCACCAACUUCCAGUUGAACCAACUCCAAGGCCAAAAGUCCUGCCACACGGGCCUGGGCUGGUUGACUGGGUGGUAUGUCCCCCUCAGCAUACUGCUCCCCUCUGGCUCUCUUGAAACAGCAGCGACCAAGUUCUUCUCCAGCAGCUGUGUCCCCUGUGCGGAUAAGAAGAUGUUCCCCAGCCUGUGUCAACUGUGUGCAGGGAAAGGGGCAGACAAGUGUGCCUGCUCCUCCCAGGAGCCGUACUUCAGCUACUCAGGUGCCUUCAAAUGUUUGGAGGAUGGCAUUGGAGUUGUGAGCUUCGUGAGGCACCUGACAAUAUUUGAGAUCCUGACAGAAAAGGCUGACAGGGACAAGUAUGAGCUGCUCUGCCCAGACAAUACCCGGAGGCCUGUGGACGAAUAUCGUGAGUGCCACCUGGCCCGGGUCCCAUCUCAUGCUGUCGUGGCUCGAUCUGUGGAUGGCAGGGAGGACUUGAUCUGGGAGCUUCUCAACCAGGCCCAGGAACAUUUUGGAAAAGAUAAGUCAUCACAGUUCCAGCUCUUUGGCUCCCCACAUGGAAGAGACCUGCUGUUCACCGAUGCCACCCAGGGAUUUUUAAGAAUCCCCCCUAAGAUGGACGCCAAGCUGUACCUGGGAUAUGAGUCUUUUUCUGCCAUUGAGCAUCUAAAGAGUGGUAUGGAAGGUGUGGAAGACUCCCAGAGGGUGCAGUGGUGUGCAGUGGGUCACCAUGAGAGGGCCAAAUGUGACCACUGGAGUGCAGUGAGCGGUGGAGCCUUGGCAUGCACCAUGGAGGAGACCUCUGAGGACUGCAUUACUGCCAUUGUGAAAGGAGAAGCUGAUGCUAUGACCUUGGAUGGAGGAUACAUGUAUAUAGCAGGCCAGUGUGGUCUGGUGCCUGUCCUGGCAGAGAACUAUGAGCCAAAAGAUGGCAGUGAGCAUCUUGGGUCAAAGUGUGUGAAUGCACCCUUGGAAGGUUACUACGUCGUGGCCGUGGUUAAGAAAUCAGAUGCUGAAAUCACCUGGAAUUCUCUGAGAGGCAAGAAAUCCUGUCACACAGCAGUGGGCACUUCCUCAGGCUGGAACAUCCCCAUGGGCUUAAUAUACAACCAGACUGGGUCCUGUAAAUUUGAUGAGUUCUUCAGUCGCAGCUGUGCCCCUGGGUCUAAUCCGGACUCCCCUCUCUGUGCACUGUGUGGUGGUAGCAGCAAUCCAACCCACCUGUGUGCUCCCAACAGCAACGAGAGAUACUUUGGUUCCAGCGGGGCUCUCAGGUGUCUGGUUGAGAAGGGAGAUGUGGCUUUUGUGAAGCAUCCCACGGUCCUGCAGAACACCAAUGGAAAGAACCCUGAGGCAUGGGCUAAGGGUCUGAAGCAGGAGGAUUUUCAGUUGCUGUGCCUUGAUGGCACUAGGAAGCCUGUGACUGAAGCUCAGAACUGCCACCUGGCCAUAGUGCCAAAUCAUGCUGUGGUCUCAAGGAAAGAUAAGGCAGAUUUUGUUCGCAGAAUCCUCUUCAACCAACAGGAACUUUUUGGAAGAAACGGGUUUGAAUAUAUGAUGUUCCAGCUGUUUGAGUCCUCACCCAAGGAUCUGCUGUUCAGUGGUGACACAGAAUGUUUGGCCAACCUUCAGAACAAAACAACUUAUGAAAAAUAUUUAGGGCCAGAGCAUCUUACAGUUAUGGCUAACUUUAGACAAUGCUUAACCUCUGAACUUCUGGAGGCCUGUGCAUUCCACAGAAAUUAAAAUUGGAUCAGGGUGGGCCACCACACAGAUGCUGGGAGCCUCGACCAUGCCAUUCAAAUAUAAUUUUAACAACGAAUCUGCCGAAUGAAGUCUGAGUGGUAGUCACAAAGGUGCAAAAAGACAUCUGUGUGCAUAAUAUCAAGGACCUACAUAAUAACAAAAAGG